GCACACGCCGCUCGCUCCGUCCUCGGCUUCCUCUUUGCGACCACCACCACCCUCGCCGGUCGCCGCGCUCGCCCACCAUUUUUUUUUACGUUGCCACGCUACUUUGCUCCCGGCCCCUGCUCACUCUGCUGCCUGCCCUACCUCGACUCCCGCCCGUUACUUCCACCCCUCGGUUUGCUGCGGGAGCGAGCCAGCACUCGCGGGCUCGCGGCGUCGCGGGCAAUGCCGGCGACGGCGAGCGAGUAGGGGGCUCCUCCAGGGACGGAGGAGAGGGAUGGGCUGCCGGAGCUCGCGGCUGGACGCGGCGGACGUGUCCCCGGCGGCCGCGCUGUGCCGGGAGCGCCGGGACCUGCUCCGCGCGGCCGCGGACCACCGCGCGCGCCUCGCGGCCGCGCACGCCGCCUACUUCCGAGCGCUCCCGCGCGUGGCCGACGCGCUCGCGCGGUUCGCGAGCCACCACCACGCCGCCACGCCGCCGGGCUCGCCGGUGCUCACGCUGCCGCCGCCCUCCGACCACGCGGACGCCGACGCCGACGCCGAGCCCAAGAAGCAGCGGAGCGGCUCCGCGUCCGGCUCCGCGACACCGCACACCGGCUCCGGCCACUCCCACAUCCACUUCCACUCCGACGAUUCCUCGGAAUCCGAUCCAGACUCCUCGACCGACCCCUGCGCCGGCCCCGGAGGCUGUGGCGCUGGCCACGUCGACGGCGACGGCGACGGCGACGGCGAGGUCCCGCGGCCGGCGCCUGCCCUUCGGCCUGGCGUUCCCUUGCCCGGCCGCGGCGGCCACGGCGAGCCCCAGGAACGCCAAAUCCAAGACCCAGCUUUUGCCAGGCCGGAGAUGCCGUGGGAGUACGCUUCGUACGACCCCUAUCCUUCGUUCCCAAACACCGAGUUCCAAAAUGCCACAUUUCCUAGGUACUACUACAUGAAGGCCAGCUCGACGCCGGCGAACACGGUGUAUCAAGAACCGUACGGCUACGGCAACUUCGCCACCAGUUCGUCCUACAUGGGGUACAACAACCCGAUGUACGGCGUCCCGUUGCAACCUGAUGGGGAUCGCCCGGUGGAGGAUCGUGGCCGGGAAUCGGUGGCUCCGCCGCCGGCGGCGCCGCCGCCAAUGCCAAUGCCUGAGACGUCACCGUGGGACUUCUUUAACCCCUUCGAUUCAUAUGAGCAGGAGCUCCCGCAGUAUAGAGGCAAAGGGUACGAUUCCAAUGGGUCGUUCACCAGCAGUCCCAACUCGAGUGAGGUGAGGGCAAGGGAGGGGAUCCCGGAGCUCGAGGAGGAGACGGAACUGGAGUCUAUGAGGGAGUCUGUGAAGGCAAGGAAGGCUGUAGAGAGCACGGCGUCUAACCGGAUUGACAAUGCGGAUGUCAGUGCCAAGGUGAAAGUGUCCAUGGAGCACAAGGAAGUUGAGAUUGAGAGUGUGUACAGUGUUUCGGUACUUGAGUCAGGGGACGAGAGUGUGUGCAGUUGCGAUUGUGACCAUGCCAACACUAGAACAGAGGGGCCAAUGCAGGUGCCUGCAGGAGAUGAUCAAGGGGGGAAGGUGAGCUCAGAGGAUCACUCAUCCAUAGUUGUCGGAGAGGAUGUAUGGCCGCCAGAGAUCACUGGGACAAGAGAUGUCGCCGUGGUUGUAGAGGAAAUAAAGGAGCAGUUCAAAUCAGUGGCUGCUUGUGGAGAUGACGUCGCAAGGAUCCUUGAGGUGGGGAGGAUGCAGUAUCGAUCACGGAAUAGAGUCUUGAGAUUGAUAUUCUCACGGAUGAUGGGGACCUUCGCCUUGUUGUUUUCUUCCAUAUCUGAGCCAACAGUGAAGAGCAUGGAACAAACAGCUAUAAAUUCAUCCAAAAUAAAACAGAAUUCCAGUAAAAGAUUUGAUUUUCCCAGUGAUGUUGAACUUAAUACUCUUUCCGCAACAAUGGACAGGCUGUAUGUGUGGGAGAAAAGACUUCAUAAGGAAAUUAUGGAGGAAGAAAAAUUGAGGAUUACAUAUGACAAAGAAUGGAAGCGCUUGAAAGAGCUGGAUGCUAGUGGUGCAGAGCCAUAUAAGAUCGAUUCAACCCGGGCCUCAAUUAGGGCACUGCUCACCAGAAUCAACAUUUCCAUCAGAUCAGCUAAAGUUAUUUCUAGGAGGAUCCACAUACUACGAGACGAUGAGUUACACCCACACCUUGUUGCGCUUAUCCAAGGGUUUGUUAGAAUGUGGAAGUUCAUUCUUGAGUGCCACCGGAAGCAAUUCCAUACCAUACUUGAAACUAAAUCUCACAUUCUGAUCCCUAAGAAUGGACCGGAAAGAAGCUCGUCCAAGGUUACACUGGAACUAGAAAUGGAGCUCCUGAACUGGUGUUCCUGUUUCAGGAACUGGAUCCUGUCCCAAAAGGCUUAUAUCGAAGCUCUCAACGGCUGGCUAGUGAAAUGGCUUCCCCAGGAAAAGGAGGAGACUCCGGACGGCAUUGCGCCCUUCUCUCCUGGCAGGCUUGGAGCUCCUGCCGCGUUCGUGACAGCCAACGACUGGUGCCAGGCCAUGAGAAGGAUGCCGGAACCGGAAGGCGGCGUAGUAGACACGAUGGAGGCUUUCGCUGUCAACGUGCAUACGUUGUGGGAGCGGCAGGACGAAGAGCAGCGGCAGCAGAGGCUGAGAGCUGACUACCUCUCCAGCUCCAGGGAUUUUGAAAAGCGGAUCAGAUCUCUUCAGAAGGAGCAUGGCUCGCAGGGGCAGUUUGACGCUGGCAGGGCAGCGGUGCUUCCCGCCGUUGCCGACAAUGGCAGGGCAGUUGAUAACCGCAUGGUUGCACUGGACUCGUUGCACAAGGGAUUGGACGAACAGAGGGCCCGGCACGAGCACGAGGAAACCGUGAGGCAGAUCCGCGAGGCCAGCGCGGCUGAUCUGAAGGCAGGUCUGGCUCCGAUAUUCGAAGCGCUGGAAUCUUUUACCGCGGAGACGCUGAGAGGGUACGAAAAUGUCAGGAUCCCUGCCAAAAGCAUUGGCGGGUGAUACCUUUUAAGCCCCCCACGGUUUUUUUUUUCUGUUGGCAGCAGUUCUUGGUACAUCCAAGGAACUAUUGUCAAUCUUUUAGACUGUCUUCAGUUUGCCAGCCAUGCGCAAGCACAAACAAGGCCCCAUUGUGGUUGGGGUAAUGUAGAGUUCAUCCAGUGUACAAGAAAGGGCGGCCCAGAAGUUCCUGCAUGAUUGCGCACGAAGCAGUGUUGCCAUGGAUGCUUUUUGAGAUAAUCCUGAUUUCUGUGGUAGCAAAUUCAUGUGGAUCUUUGAGACUAGUCGGUAGCUAGAGCUACUUAUCCACAGAGAGCUGCUAGGAGCCUGAACUCCUAGUUGCAGCCCCGCAAAGGAGUGGGGGGAGCCGGGGAGGGGAUGGCAGUUUUGUACUAGUCAUUUUCAGCUCCUGUACAUAUUGAUUAUAUUAGCUAAGUUGGUGAAUUAUCUAUCUAUCUAUCUAUCUAUCUAUCUAUCAGGCUA